CUUCCUCGUCGCUUCCCUCUGCGACUACUCCAACUUCCUCCCUCCUUCCCCGCCUCCCCCCACCACAAGCAUCUGCUGCGCCGCAGUUGCAGUUGCGGUUGCGGUCGCAGGCUGCUUCUCGCACGGCCGGCCGGCCCGCCCGGAUGGGGAACUGCGCCAGCGCCAUGGACGGGCUCAUCCCCUGGGGCUGGGGCGCCAAGAACGCCGCCGCGCCCAGCAACCCCGCAGGGAUGUCUGCAUCGAAGAGGACCACGAGCUCCUCCACCACCGCCACCACGGGGAAGCUGUCCACCACCAGCACCUUCAUGCAGUCAACGGUCAGCGGCUGCAGCACCGAUGACUAUCCGGAGGGCGGAGAGAUCCUUGAGUCCCCCAACCUCAGGAUCUUCACAUUCGCCGAGCUCAAGAGCGCCUGCAGGGGCUUCAGGGCCGAGACCGUGCUCGGGGAGGGCGGCUUCGGGAAGGUCUACAAGGGGUGGGUCGACAUGAAUCCAGCCAAGGGAAGCACCGCCACAGUGGUCGCCGUCAAGAAGCUCAACCCCGAGAGUGUGCAGGGGAUGGAGCAAUGGCAGUCUGAAGUGAAUUUCCUUGGGAGGAUCUCACACCCCAACCUAGUCAAACUCUUGGGCUACUGCAUGGAGGACAGCGAGCUAAUGCUCGUGUACGAGUUCAUGGCAAAGGGGAGCUUAGAGAACCACCUCUUCAGAAGAGGGGCAGUUUACGAACCACUGUCUUGGAGCCUCAGGCUGAAGAUUGUCAUUGGUGCAGCUCGUGGCCUCGCCUUCCUUCAUUCAUCCGAAAGACAGAUCAUUUACCGGGACUUCAAAGCUUCGAACAUCCUAUUAGAUUCGCACUUCAAUGCAAAGCUCUCAGAUUUUGGAUUGGCCAAGCAUGGCCCAGAUGAUGGGGAGUCGCACGUGACGACACGAGUCAUGGGCACGUACGGCUAUGCAGCUCCAGAGUAUGUCUCUACUGGUCACCUGUAUGUGAAGAGUGACGUGUACGGCUUCGGCGUCGUGCUGCUCGAGAUGCUAUGCGGGCUGAGGGCAUUGGACCCAAGCCGCCCAAGCGAGAAACUCAACUUGGUGAACUGGGCAAAGCCGCUACUGGCUGACCGGAGGAGACUGAGCCAGCUGAUGGAUAGCCGGCUUGAGGGGCAGUACCAUGCAAGAGGGGCCUUCCACGCUGCUCAGCUCACUCUCAAGUGCCUGUCUGGUGAACCGAAGAGCCGCCCGUCCAUGAAGGAGGUCGUCGAGGCGCUCGAGCAGAUCGAGUCGAUGAAGAGCAAGUCGAAAUCAAGGGAGGCUAGACGAGACAGCCCAUCGAUGCCGCGUGGUCGGGGAAAUUCACCAAGGAGUGACAGUGGUAGGACAAAUUCUAGGGGCAGAUGAUCACGAGGGUGUAUAUAGGCUGUAACCACCAUGUAACUGAUAUUCAUGUUCAGGAUGUAAAGGUUGACCACCAUUGUUUUUAGUUAUCACGAUGAUGUUUGGUCUGAUCAUGAUAAUGGUCAAUGUAAUAGCAUAGCGAUAUACGAAGAUUUAGUUGUUGUCAUACUCAUAUAUAUGCAUAAAUUCAAUGAUUUUUUCCCACUCAA